UGUGGCAUCAAACUGCAAACCAAAAGGAGGAAGAGCCCAGACAGGAAGAGCCGAAACGCAGAGGCCCCAAACGAAAAAAGAAGCAGCUCUGCAGAGAUUGUGGAAUGUUUUAUAAGAAGAUUCACAAAUGUAAGGACAAAAAUAAACCGGUUGUGUGCAGUGUCUGCGGCCGAAGAUUCGACUCUGAACCUGCUCUCAAAAUCCACAGCUACAUGCACUCUGAUACUCACGAAUACCUCUGCAAGUUCUGCAACGCCGGCUUCAGAACCAAAGUGGACAAGCUAACGCACGAGCUAAUCCACCUUAAGAAUAAGGAUCCUUAUCAAUGUCCAGAGUGUGAUUUAUCAUUUCCGACAUUUAGGCAACGUGCGGCUCACAGAAUAGAACACAAAAAGGAUAAGUAUAAAUGUGAAAUUUGUGGGAUUGGCUUCAGCGAAGAGCAGCAUCUUUUGAGACAUAUUGCGGUGCAUUCAGGAGAGAGGCCGUUCAAAUGUUUUGUGUGUGAACGCGGUUUCAAACAGGAGAGUCACCUGAAAUCACACAUGCGUCUUCACACCGGAGAGCGGCCAUACAGCUGCAAACUCUGUCACAAAUCGUUCAAUCAUAAUGUGAGUCUGAAGAGCCACGUUCAAAGAUAUCAUCCAGAGCUCAGAGAAGUGAAGGAAGAGGGAGAAGGGAGAGAGGACAAAAAGGAGGAGAAAAAUGAACAGAUGAAGGAUGGGGAGACAUCAGUGAAGUCAAAGUAUAAAUACAAACGGCCCCCUAGUGGUCGACCCAGAGGCAGGCCAAAAAGAAAUGCAGGCGAGAAACAGGAGAGCACUAGAAGGAAAAUAUUUAAAACAAAACCCGAACCCGAGCCUGAGCCUGUACCUCAACUCCCACCUGAACCUGAACCCGAACCUGAACCUGAGUAUGAAAGUGAAGAGGACUUUACCUGGUCACAAGAGUGGAUUAGGCUUUAUAAAUCACUGAAAGCUGUAAACUAAAUGCUAACUGCAGAACAUUAGGCAUUGGUCGCUCCACUUAAAGCAGAACAAAGUAACUUUCAGUGAUAGUGCUCCCUUGUGCUGCACUGAGAGCACUCACUACCAGCUCAGUCCUUGUUAUCUUGGCCUACAUCAUCAGCGACAUAAUACUCCCUACAACGGAAGCAUAGCCAGACUGGAGUGGACAACACUAUCACAGUGUGAUGAGGGUUCAUGUGCUGGGUCCUGUACUGAUGGUAAAUUAACUCUAUGAACUCCAGCGGCUCUUCUCUUCAACUCUGGGACUACUACAGUUUAUUAAUGUAUUUUACAACACCCUGUAGGUCCCUUAUGAGAAUACACUGUCAGGGAACAGACCCAAAAGUGCUUCUUAGAAAAAUAUUUUUUUGUUGAAAUAAGGCAGUAUAAUCAUACAAAAACAUAACACUGCCAAAUU